AUGUCUGGGCUUAGCAGUAUCUCCCAGCUGCUACCAAUGGGAAUUCUACUCUUUUCAUGGAUUUUCUUCUUGCCUUUAUGCUCAAGCUUUUUUGGUAUGUAUGUUGCUUUGGUGUCCGGCGAGUGUCUGGGUGAUGGGAGGGUAUGCCUGGAAGAUGAGAGGAUGUUGUUGCUGCAACUGAAGAGCACCCUCAAAUUCAAUGCUGCUGCAUCUAAUAAACUUGUUUCCUGGAGUCAAAGCGCCGACUGCUGUUCUUGGGGUGGUGUAACCUGGGAUGCCACUGGUCAUGUUGUCGCUCUUGAUCUCAGUAGCGAAUUCAUUUCUGGUGGAUUCAACAGCUCCAGUAGCAUUUUCAGUCUACAGUAUCUGCAGAGCUUGAAUUUGGCUAACAACAACUUCUACUCUUCUCAAAUUCCAUCUGGAUUCCACAAGCUUGGUAAUUUGACUUACCUCAAUCUGUCUGAAGCUGGUUUUUCUGGGCAGAUCCCGAUCGAGAUUUCCCGCUUGACAAGGUUGGUUACUAUUGAUUUCUCUGUCCUUUACUUCCCUGAAGUUCCUACGCUGAAACUUGAGAAUCCAAAUCUGAGAAUGCUGGUUCAGAACCUGACACAGCUCAGAGAACUCUAUCUUAGUGGUGUAAACAUAUCGGCACAAGGGAAGGAAUGGUGCCAGGCAUUAUCAUCUUCAGUGCCUAAUCUCCAAGUGCUGAGCUUGCCAAGCUGUUAUCUUUCCGGUCCUCUUGAUUCUUCUCUGCAGAAGCUUCGGUGUCUCUCAGGCAUUCUCCUUGACGGUAACAACUUCUCUGCUCCUGUUCCAGAAUUCCUAGCCAAUUUCUCGAAUUUGACUCAAUUGCGGCUCAGUACUUGUGGAUUAUAUGGAACAUUUCCAGAAAAGAUAUUUCAGGUACCAACCCUCCAGAUUCUUGAUUUGUCAAACAACAAGUUACUCCAGGGGUCUGUGCCGGAAUUCCCUCAGAAUGGAUCUCUAGGAACCUUGGUGCUCUCGGACACAAAAUUUUCAGAGAAAGUACCUAACUCCAUCGGCAAUCUCAAGAGGUUGACUAGAAUAGACCUUGCAGGUUGUGAUUUCAGUGGAGCAAUCCCAAACUCGAUGGCAGACCUUACAUUACUGGUUUACUUGGACUUCUCUAAUAACAAGUUUUCCGGUCCAAUCCCACCUUUUAUUUUGUUCAAGAAUCUGACCCGAUUAGACUUUUCUCAUUAUUUAACAGGUGGAAUUCCUUCCUCUCACUGGGAUGGCCUUGUGAAUCUAGUGACUCUUGACCUACGUAACAAUUCACUGAAUGGAAGUCUCCCCAAGCUCCUGUUUUCCCUCCCAUCACUGAAGAAGAUAAUACUGAGCAACAACCAAUUUUCUGGUCCCUUAAGUGAAUUUAGAGUUGUGCCUUUUUCUGUAUUGGACACCCUUGAUUUGAGUAGCAACAAUCUGGAAGGACCAAUACCUGUAUCCCUCUUUGAUCUCCAGCAUCUUAACAUCCUUGACCUUUCUUCCAACAAAUUCAAUGGCACUGUUGAACUAAGCAGCUUUCAGAAACUUAGGAAUCUUACCACUCUUUGUCUUUCGUACAACAACUUGUCCAUCAAUGCAAGUGUUCGUAAUCCCACUUCACUCCUACUGCCGAAUCUAACCACCUUGAAAUUGGCUUCUUGCAGGCUCAGAUCAUUACCUGAUCUUAGCACCCAGUCAAGAUUGGCAUAUUUAGACCUUUCCGAUAACCAAAUUCGCGGCAACAUCCCUAAUUGGAUUUGGAAGAUUGGUAAGGGCUCUCUUUUCCAUUUGAAUCUCUCCCAUAACUCACUGGAGGAUCUGCAAGAACCUUUCCCUAAUCUUCCUCCUUAUUUGUAUACCCUUGACCUACAUUCCAACCUGCUCCGUGGACGAAUCCCCACUCCACCCCAAUUUUCCAGCUAUGUGGAUUACUCAAACAACAGCUUCAUCUCUUCCAUCCCUGAAGAUAUUGGCUCUUACAUUUCCAACGUUAUUUUCUUCUCUCUUUCAAAGAAUAACAUCUCUGGAAUAAUUCCAGAAUCAAUCUGCAAUGCAACUAACUUCCAAGUUCUUGACUUGUCUGACAACGCUUUGAGUGGUGAAAUACCUUCAUGUUUGAUUGAGAAUGAGGCUCUUGCGGUUCUGAAUCUACGGAGAAACAUGUUCAGCGGGACUAUAUCUGGGAAUUUUCCUGGCAACUGUGUUUUACGCACUCUAGAUCUCAAUGGGAAUCUUUUAGAAGGGACAAUUCCAGAAUCUGUAGCCAAUUGCAAAGAGCUAGAGGUUUUAAACCUCGGGAAUAAUCACAUAGAUGAUAACUUCCCUUGCUGGUUGAAGAACAUGAGCAGUUUGCGUGUGCUUGUUCUGCGAGCCAACAGAUUCCAUGGACCCAUUGGAUGUCCAAAUAGCAAUUCCACCUGGCCAAUGCUUCAAAUCGUUGACCUAGCUUACAACAAUUUUAGUGGUAAAUUGCCGGCAAAAGGCUUCUUAACCUGGAAAGCAAUGAUGGCUAGUGAAGAUGAAGUCCAAUCAAAGCUAAAUCACAUGCAAUUUAAGAUCCAAUUCAGUGAAUUGUAUUAUCAGGACGCUGUAACAGUCACCAGCAAAGGUCAAGAAAUGAAGCUUGUGAAGGUCCUAACUCUCUUCUUCACUUCCAUUGACUUCUCCUUCAACAAAUUUGAAGGCCAGAUACCAGAUGAGAUGGGAAACUUCAUAUCACUAUAUGUCCUCAACUUAUCUGGUAAUGGUUUCACAGGCCAAAUCCCAUCAUCAAUGGGGCAGCUGAGACAGCUCGAGUCAUUAGACCUCUCACGCAACCAUCUGAGUGGGAAGAUCCCCACAGAGCUUGUGAGCCUAACUUUCCUUUCAGUCCUGGACCUCUCCUUCAAUCAGUUAGUGGGGGCAAUCCCAAGCGGUAAUCAAUUUCAAACAUUUUCAGAAGCUUCUUUCCAAGUGAACAAAGGAUUGUGUGGGCUACCUUUGAAUGUAACUUGCGAAGAGGAUGCACCACCACCGACAUUUGAUGACAGGCACUCAGCUUCCCGUAUGGAGAUUAAGUGGGAAUACAUAGCUCCUGAAAUUGGAUUUGUGACAGGAUUGGGAAUCGUGAUUUGGCCUCUAUUGUUUUGCAGGAGAUGGAGGCAAUGCUACUACAAACGUGUUGAUAGAAUUCUUUCAAGGAUUCUCCAUCACCAAGACCAAAGAGCAAGUGGUGGAAGAAGAGCUCACAGAAUUCGGAGGCGGAGAAUGUAG